CAGUGCUCGCUCCCGCUGCCAUGGCCCCGGCCCCGCUCCGGACUCUAAGCCGUGUUGAGUGCCCUGUGACCCGGGCCCGGCUCCUACAGAUACAGCUCCCGCACGGAGAGCUCCUGACCCCGGUCUUUAUGCCGGUCGGAACCCAGGGAACCCUCAAGGGCAUCGCCGUCCCGCAGCUCGAGGCCCUCGGCUGCCGGAUCCUCCUCGGAAACACGUACCACCUGGGGACCCGCCCGGGGCCAGAACUUAUUUCAAAGGCCAAUGGACUGCAUGGUUUUAUGAACUGGAAGAGAGCACUCCUAACAGACAGUGGUGGGUUUCAGAUGGUGUCUUUGGUGGAAUUGGCUGAAGUGACAGAAGAAGGGGUACGAUUCUGUUCUCCUUAUGAUGGGAAGCAAAUUCUCCUGUCACCUGAAAAAUCAAUUGAAAUACAGAAUGCUCUUGGUUCAGACAUCAUGAUGCAGUUGGAUGAUGUAGUGAGCAGCACAGUGUCUGGGCCGAGAGUCGAAGAGGCCAUGUACAGGUCUGUUCGCUGGUUGGAUCGCUGCAUUGCAGCAAACAAGAACCCUCAGCAACAGAAUCUGUUUGCUAUUAUUCAGGGCGGCUUGGAUGCUGAACUGCGUAAGAAAUGUCUGACAGAGAUGAUUAAGCGUGAUGUCUCUGGUUUUGCCAUUGGUGGACUUAGUGGUGGGGAAGAGAAGGAUCAUUUCUGGAGAAUGGUGACACUCAGUACAGAAUAUCUCCCACAAGAGAAGCCACGUUACCUGAUGGGAGUGGGAUAUGCAACUGAUCUCGUGGUGUGUGUGGCUUUGGGUUGUGACAUGUUUGACUGUGUGUUUCCCACACGGACAGCGCGAUUUGGGUCUGCACUUGUUCCUUGGGGAUCCUUACAACUGAAAAACAGGCAAUAUGCCAAGGAUUUCAAACCCAUCGAUGAGGAUUGUGACUGUCCUACAUGUAAGAGGUACUCUCGAGCAUAUCUACAUGCCCUGUUCAGGAGUGACACUGCUGCCCUCCAUCACAUCACCAUCCACAACAUUGCCUACCAGUUGAACCUGAUGUAUUCAAUCCGUGAGAGUAUUCAGCAGGGACGAUUUCCAGUCUUCAUUCAGCAGUUUAUGAAGCGGAUGUAUGGGAGUAAAGAGGAAUAUCCACGCUGGGCUGUUGAAGCACUCAGCACAGUCAAUGUUCAUCUGGAAUAGAGGGUCUGGGACACCCAUUGCUGAAUGAGAUGCUGUGAUCUUGUAGAAGUCUCCUCCCCAAUCUCGUCAAAAGGUUAGAAAUGCUGCAGAUAAAAGACACUUGUCUGAUGGAUGCCAGAAUUCGAAGUCAAAAACCAGUGGGCACAAAAUGUCAGAGUCCAGAUGAAGCAACACAGUCCAGAACGUGCCUGCAGACUUUGGGCGUCAACAGUUCAAAGGAGUUAGACCAAAGUGGGAGGGACAGGUUUUUGUAUCAAUUUUCACCCUCUAGCCAGAGGGAAAAUCUUGGAAGCUGUCUUUGAAAAAGUCACCUGCAGCUGGGAGACAGAGCAGAGGAAAAAAAAAAUUAGGCGUGCUCGGUAAAAAGUAGAAUGCCAAUUUUUUUUAGAUUUCUCUGCUCCCGUCACCUCGUGCAAGUGGCUUUUUCUCAGGCAAGCUGCUUCUUUGUGUGCAGAUUUCAGUUUGUUGAUAAAUAUGUUUGCUUCGUGUGGCUUACAAAGCAGAGAAAUAUAAAAUAAGCCAACUAUAAUUCAGUAUUAGGCAGCAAGUACAAACUGCAACUCUAAAAGCUAAACGCAAAAAGUGUACUUGAGCAUAACAUUGACCCCAAGGCUGUUUGGUAAAAUGUAUAUGACUAGGACACAACAAAGCCACUGACCACACUUCAACCUGUCCUUAGUUUUGUUUAUAUUUAUUUUCUAAGUUUACUUAUAUUAUUUCCCUGGCACCAAUGUGAAGAUUGACAUUAAUCAGAGGCGAACCUAUGUGAAGUCCCAGAUGGGUCAUGGAAUUGCAACUUACGAACACUAGACUAUAUAGCAUUUACCUCAUAAAUUAUGUAAAUAAACAAGAAACUCACAAACUUUAACUGCGUCUCCCAGCAGCUCCUCAGAGCAUCAGCCACCAUAGCAAAGAGCUCAGAGGGCUAAACAAAACUGAAAUCUAAUCUAAUUUACUUGGAUAACUUAUUCCUGGAGUUUUAGAGCCAUACGGUAUGGAAACAGACCCUUUGGCCUACCAUUUCUAUGUCAAUCAACAAAUACCAAAAUACACAGAUCCCAUUUACCUGCACUUGGUCUGUGGCCUACAAUGCCCCAGCAUUUUAAAUACUUAUCCAGAUAGUUCUAAACGUUGUCAAGAGUACCCACCUCCACCAUCCUCUCUCGUAGCACAUUCCAUAUAUUUAACAUCAACUGGGAGAAAAUAUUUUAAUCCCUAAAUCUUCUCUAAACUACUUACUCACCUUCAACUUAUGCAUUCUGGUCUUGAGACGCAUCUUCACGGAAGAAGAUACUCACAAUCUACUGUCUAUGCCUCUUAAUUUAGUAUAGCUCAAUCAGAACCCUUUUCAACCUCUUGUGCUCCAAGGUAAACAAACCCAACCUACUGGUCUCUCCUCAUAACUGAGGCUUUUCAUCGCAGGCAACAUCCUGGUGAAUCUCCUCCACACCCUCUCCACUGCAAUCAUGUUCUUACAAUCAUGUGGCAACCAGAACAGCACACAGUAUUCCACUUGUAGCCUAACCAAUAUAUUAUAAUGUUGUACCAAGACUUCCUUCCAAGACUUUACAUUUGUAGCUUUUAAGAUGGAUAACUUGAGAACCCCAAAUGGUCUAUCUUUAACUCUCAAGUCCAAACUAGUUCUCUGAAAAACAAUCCUCACUUCUAUUCCCGUAGCCCUGCAAAUUUAUUUCCUUCAAGUGUCCAUCUAAGUUCCUUUUUAAGUUGCUGACUUUCUUCAUUUCCAUAAGGCGCUAAGUUUCAAAUUGCAAAUAAUCGUCACAUAAACAGGUUUUUCCUCUCAUCCUUCAAGACCUGUCCCCAAGUCCUCGUAUGAUCAACUAAUGAUAGCUUCAGAUCAUGUGGGAGAAGUAUUGUCAUAAUAUUGAACACCAACAAUAAAUUUCUCUUCAAUCUCCAAGAAUGAGACCAGUUUCUUCAACGUGUCCCUUAUUGCUGGAACCAUCCCAGUAAUCUCCUCUGCAGCCUCUCAAGGAUUCUUGCAGCUUUGCUUUGGGAGAUGACCAGAACGGGGGCCUAAACAGUUUUGUAAUGGUUCAGUGUAAUUGCUUCUUUUGCAAUUAACACCCUGGAUUUAUGAUGCCAAGAUCCCAAACAAUUUGUUAAUAACUUUUUUUGUCACUAUGUCCUCACUUUAAGACACCAAUUUACGUGGUCUCCCAGCCCAUCUGUUCUUUCAUACUUCUUAGAAUUCCACUGUUAGGUUUAUAUUGCCUUCCCCCUCCUUUCUUAUAAAUCUCUCACUCCUCUGUAGUCCAUCCGUCACUUGUCCAUCUAUUCUGCCAGCCUAUGCCUGGUCAAAGUCGAGUUGUAUCAUUCUCACUGCUUGCCAUCCCUCCAAGUUUGACAUUUCAGCAAAUUCUGAAUUGACUUUGUACUUCAGACUAUUAGUAUACAUCAAACAGUAGUUAAUUGACUCAAAUAAGUAUCCUAUCAAGUCUGUUCCUGUCAAAAAUCAUUAACAGUCAUAUUACAUUUGCUGCUCUCCAGUCUUCAGGCAAUUAUCCCCUGCUUCCUCCCAAAUACCAGCAACAUUUUGCCAGCAUUCUCUUUUUCUGUAAACACAGGACAUUCCUCUUUCAUUUGCCCUAUCAGUUUGUUGUUUCUGGUCUGGGCCUGACUUGCAGAAUUUACUGGAAAUCACAAACCCUGUUUUUAGAUUAGGUUAGAUUCCCUACAGUGUGGAAACAGGCCCUUCAGCCCAACAAGUCCACACCGCCCCUUGCAGCAUCCCACUCAAACCCAUCCCCCUAUAAUGCACACACCCCUGAACACAAUGGGCAAUUUAGCAUGGCCAAUUGUUUUGUCUCUUCAUACUCUCCAUACCCUCCAGCUCUCUCAUAAAUCGACAGGCCCUGGAACAGUCCUGUAUUUUCCUCUUGUUGGAAUAUUCAUAACUUGUACUUGAAAUAUAUCUUCUUCAAUGCUGUAAUCUCUAUUUUCUCCUGAUCAAAGUACCCCUCAUUAAUUAAAGCAAGCCUUCCAGCAAAUUACAAGGACUAUCUUUUUCUUUUCCAUUACUUAUAAAACAUACUAUGAAAGCCAAUAUUACUCAACUGUUAGUCCAGAUACCUCAAUUUUGAGCACCAGAUCUAGCAAUGCCGUUCUCCAGUUGGAUUCUGAACAUAAUGGUUCAGGAAGUUUUCCUGAAUUCCUUACUCUCUAACAUUAUCACACUCGAUACCUGA